GGAGGCGGCGCUGGCCGCCCUGAGGGAGGACCUGGAUAACGCCACAGAGGUCGCAGGCCGCCACUUUGCCGCCGCGCGCGCCGCGGCGUCGCCGGCGCUGAGCUGGCAGGACCUCGCGCGGUACGAGGGGUGGGGCCUGCGGUACCGCAGGUAG